GACUGCGGGCUCGGCGCUGGGCGGAACGCCCCCGCUUCCGCUUCCGCUUCCUCCCCGCUCGGAGCCGCGUUACCCCUGCUACCCCCGACUGCGCCACGGAUUCCCAGAAACGGGCGAUCCGGGCCAUUGAGGUCCUAGCUGCUCGCCGACAGACCAGAUCCACCGGAAAUACCCCUUGGCCAACUGUGGCCGCCCCCUGCAGCCGCAGCCCCAGAGGCCACUCGCGAGCUUCGGGGGCGGGUCCUCAGCGUCCUGUAACUUUGCUUUAGAUGAUCUUGAGAGUUCAGUUCUUGGGGUGAACUGUUGAGAAGACUGGCCGUUUUCCUUUCAAAAGUUGUUGGGAAUGUGGACUUUCCGAACGGUUGUGUGUGCGCUCGGCCUCACCCAGUGGGAGCCGCCGCCCGGGCGGAAACUUCACAGAAGGGUGGUCAGGACGGUUAUUUUCCAGAGCAGUUUAAUGUCUAUUUUGCCCAAGGGCAAGGAAAGCUUACCUUGGAAAAGCUGAGAACGCUUCACUGAUGAAGUUUUUAGAGCCAUAAAAUGAACCUGUUUCUGCCACUCUUCCAUCCCUUCAAAAGGACUGGGAAAUGUAAAAUGGCUUCAGGAUGUUCUUGCUUGAGGGUGUCCGGAUUUGAACAGAAGGCCACUUUCUUUUAAUAUUAGCAGUGCCACACAAUAGAAGAACAAAGGCGACUGAAAUUCAGAAUCAGUUUUUUGAUUCCACGGAGCAGGAAGUAAAUUCAAGGACGCCAGAGGUUUUGCGAAUAUUUUAAUUGGUUGACAUUUGAAAUUUGUUCUUAAGCAGGUGAACCCAAUAGGGGGAUAGCGUAUGUAAAGCUUUUAGGACAACGGCAAACGGCGAUAAUCUAGAACAGAGAGGGGCCUCUGAAAGGUUUGACCUGCUUUAGAGAGAGAUUUCAGAUAAGAGGAACGGAGUUUUGGCCCUUUUCGGUUGGUGGGUCUCCUAAACAACCUUACAAAAGUUUCGUUGAACAAAAAACACUUGGCUCAACUCCAAGAUCUAAACAAAAAACACUGGGUUGAAAAGGGAAUUUUGAAUGUUUACUGUUUGCUUUACAUAAAUUUUCUUGUUUUGUUAAUCCUUGUUUUACUUACAGCUUUUGGGUCACAUGUCCUGGUUAAAAUGGUUUUCUUCAGCGACUUUGUUUUAACGUUUCUGUUUGUAACUGACAUUUGACCUUCUUUUAAUGCGGUGUUACUUGCUUUCUUAUACCGGUUUCCCAGGUGAAACCAUUUGCAGGGUCGUGGGUUUCCCCCUCUCCCCGAAAGUCUUGCGCGACCCGCGGUGGGCAGGAUAGCAUGCAGUUUUUUGAGUCUUGGUUAGGGGCUUCCAGGAAGCUGAAGCGGAAAUUGCCUAGCCCCCUGGGGCGUCGGAGGUCCUACCGCAGCUCCCCGUAGGUGGUGGGGGCGCUGCGGCGGUGCCCACUCAGUCCUGGUGGAGCCGCACUUAACUUUCCUGAGCUAUGCAUAAGCCCUUUGACCACCCAGAGACACCCAUACCCGCGUCGUCCUGUACAAGUUUCACCUCCUGGAGGGCGGAGAAUUCUGCAGACAGGAUUCGAGAAUUCAGGGCUUGUGUGAUAACGUGUCACCGGUGGGCGGCGUGGAUUAGGCGCGAAGGCGCUCACAGGCAGAAGUUUUGGGACUCCCCCCGGCGAGGCCACCUGUUGAUGCAUUUGAUUUCUGUCCCUGUUCCUUGUCCCAUCUGGAGCAUUUCCAAUUCCAGUUUUGUGGAGCGGCAGGUCUGAGUUUGUCCGGCGAGGGUGGGAGUUGGUCCCGGCGGAGAUCUGUCCCAGCGGAGAUCAGUAGGAAGAGCCGGCUGCUUGCCCGGGCAACUCCUCCACUGGAAAGGAUUCUGAAAGAAAUGAAGUCAUCCCUCAGAAAUGAAGUUGACUACCUCCUGGCUUUCUGUUGACUGGCCUGGAGCUGUACUCCCGUAGACCCUUCUGAGCUCUCCUAGCCCAAGAGUAGGAUGUCUGCUGAGGUCAUCCAUCAGGUUGAAGAAGCACUUGACACAGAUGAGAAGGAGAUGCUGCUCUUUUUGUGCCGGGAUGUUGGUAUAGAUGUGGUUCCACCUAAUGUCAGGGACCUUCUGGAUAUUUUACGUGAAAGAGGAAAGCUGUCUCACACGAGCUUGGCUGAACUGCUCUACAGAGUGAGGCGAUUUGACCUGCUCAAGCGGAUUUUGAAAAUGGACAGAAAAGCCGUGGAGGACCACCUGCGCAAGCACCCUCACCUUGUUUCAGACUACAGAGUGCUGAUGGCAGAGAUCGGUGAGGAUUUGGAUAAAUCUGAUGUGUCCUCAUUAAUAUUCCUCAUGAGGGAUUACAUGGGCCGAGGCAAGAUAAACAAGGAGAAGAGUUUCUUGGACCUUGUGGUUGAAUUGGAGAAACUAAAUCUGGUUGCCCCAGAUCAACUGGAUUUAUUAGAAAAAUGCCUAAAGAACAUCCACAGAUUAGACCUGAAGACAAAAAUCCAGAAGUACAAGCAGUCUGCUCAAGGAGCAGGGACAAGUUACAAGAAUGUUCUCCAAGCAGCAAUCAAAAACAGUUUCAAGGAUCCUUCAAAUAACUUCAGGCUCCAUAAUGGGAGAAGUAAAGAACAAAGACUUAAGGAACAACUUGGCACUCAACAAGAACCAGUGAAGACAUCCAUUCAGGAAUCAGAAGCUUUUUUGCCUCAGAGCAUACCUGAAGAGAGAUACAAGAUGAAGAGCAAGCCCCUAGGAAUCUGCCUGAUAAUCGAUUGCAUUGGCAAUGAGACAGAGCUUCUUCGAGAUACCUUCACUUCCCUGGGAUAUGAAGUUCAGAAAUCCUUGCAUCUCACUAUGGAUGGUAUAUUACAAGUUCUUCAAAGAGUUGCCCGUAUGCCCCAACACCAAGAUUACGACAGCUUUGUGUGUGUCCUGGUGAGCCGAGGAGGCUCCCAGAGUGUGCAUGGUGUGGAUCAGACUCACUCAGGGCUCUCCCUGCAUCACAUCAGGAGGAUGUUUAUGGGAGAUUUAUGCCCUUAUCUGGUAGGGAAGCCAAAGGUGUUUUUUAUUCAGAACUAUAUGGUGUCAGAGGGCCAGCUGGAGGACAGCAGCCUCCUGGAGGUGGAUGGACCAGCAAUGAAGAACGUGGAAUCCAAUCCUCAGCAGCGAGGGCUGCGCACAGUUCACCGAGAAGCUGACUUCUUCUGGAGCCUUUGCACUGCAGAUGUGUCCCUGCUGGAACGGUCCUGCAGCUCACCGUCCCUGUACCUGCAGUGCCUCUCCCAGAAACUGAGACAAGAAAGAAAACGCCCACUCCUGGAUCUCCACACUGAACUCAAUAGCCACAUAUAUGAUUGGAACAGCAGAGUUUCUGCUAAGGAGAAAUACAAUGUCUGGCUGCAGCACACUCUGAGGAAGAAGCUUAUCCUCUCUUACACAUAAGAAACCAAAAGGCCAUGCACAGUGGCUCAUGCUUGCAAUCCCAGCACUUUGGGAGGCCAAGGAGCACAGAUCACUUCAGGUCAGGAGUUCAAGAUCAGCCUGGCCAACAUGGCAAAACGCUGUCUCUAAUAAAAAAACAAAAAUUA